ACUCCACGGAAACAUAGCACAAAAUCACACCAUGCCAAACUACAAACUCAUUUACUUUAAUAUGAGGGGGAGAGCGGAAAUUAUUCGAUAUAUAUUCGCAUAUUUGGACAUAAAGUAUGAAGACCACAGAAUAGAACAAGCUGAUUGGCCUGAAGUCAAAUCAACUCUUCCAUUUGGUAAAAUCCCCAUUUUGGAAGUCGAUGGACUUAACCUUCACCAGAGCCUAGCAAUUGCAAGAUACCUGACCAAAAACACAGAUUUGGCUGGAAAAACAGAACUGGAACAGUGUCAAGUUGAUGCAAUUGUGGACACAUUGGAUGAUUUCAUGUCACGUUUUCCUUGGGCAGAGAAAAACCAAGAUAUAAAAGAUCAGAUAUUUAGUGAGCUUCUUACGUAUGAUGGACCUCAUCUUCUGCAAGAUUUGGACACAUACUUAGGGGAAAAAGAGUGGCUCAUUGGUAACUCUGUAACCUGGGCAGAUUUCUACUGGGAAAUUUGCAGUACCACACUUUUGGUCUUCAAACCUGACUUGCUGGACAUCCAUCCUAGAUUGGUAACAUUAAGGAAGAAAGUUCAAGCCCUUCCUGCCAUCGCCGACUGGAUACAACGUAGGCCCCAAACCAGGCUCUAGGUGAUAUGUGCUACCUCCAAGCUUUACU